AUGUCACAAGAACAUAGUCCAACAGGCGAUAGUGAUUCUUCAACAAGUGUAUUAUCAACAACUGGUUUAUCGCCACCACGUAAUUCAAUUUUACAAGGAAAACACUAUGAACAGGAACAUGAUUGUCGUGCAAGUAUAUGUUCUCAACAUUCAUCAUGUUCAAUGAAAUUUGAAAAGACAACUUAUGAAUCUGCACCUGUUGCACGUAAUACACCAGAAAAUAAUCAAGUAAGAUUAAUUGAUUAUCGUGGAACAAAAUUAACAGCAUUUAAUGUUGAUGGUCGAGAAUUAAUAUGUUUACCACAAGCAUUUGAUUUAUUUUUAAAAAAUUUAGUUGGUGGUUUACAUACAGUUUAUACAAAAUUAAAACGUUUAGAAAUUAUACCUGUUGUAUGUAAUGUUGAACAAGUACGUAUUUUACGUGGUCUUGGUGCCAUACAACCAGGUGUUAAUCGAUGUAAACUUCUUGCGCCAGCCGAAUUUGAUGUAUUAUAUGAAGAUUGUACAAAUUCAGGUUCUCGGCCAGGUCGACCUCCAAAACGUAAUUCAGCACAUCAAAUAGAUGAUUGUUUAGAUGAUAAACGUAUUAAAUUAUCAUCAAGUUUUUUACUUCGUUCAUUUCCUGAUUUUACAAAUCAAACUUUCAAAUAUCCGGUUCAUUCAAAUGGUUACGUAUCAGUUCCAACAACAAAUGGAAAUCAAUCAUCAUCAUUUACACAUUCAUUUGGUUAUUCAGCAUUUGCACCAACAUUACCAAUACAUUUUUCUCAUAAUCAUCCUUCACUAUAUCAUUUGGGUGAUAGUCGAACAACACGUUUAAAUGAAACAAAUUAUAAAUCACCGUCAAUUGCAACAAUAUCAUCAUCAUCGUCAUCAUAUCGACCUCUUUCUUCAAAUGAAUUACGUCCGUUUACUAUUGAUGCUAUGCUUAGUAAUGCCAAUAAUAAUGGAAAAAAUCUUAAUAAAGAAAAUUCUCAACAACGAGAUCGAUUAAUAAAACCUAUUGAUCUUUCAACAACAGCUACUGAUACAUCUUCACCGACGACUAAUGAACAAAUAUCAUCAUCUUUAUCAUCAUCAUCAUCAUCAACAUUACCAACAGCAGCAGCAGCAUUGAACUUUUUUCAUAUAAAAAAUAUGAUUGAAUUAACUGUUGAAAGUGCUCGUUUACGUGAAAAACAACUGGAAAAUGAAAUUGUUGAUCUACGAAAUGAAUUAACUAAAGAACAAGAUUGUCGACAAAAACUUGAACAAGAUAUUCUUGAAUUACGACGUGUUAGAAAUGUAUUAGUAAAAAAAUUAAAACGUCUUAAUCGAUCAUCAUCAACUACAGGUAACUGUUCUAACAGUAAUGGUGAUACGAAAAAUGAAUCAUCUUCAUCACCAACAAAACCAAUGCCAAUUGAAUCAAUUUAA